AUGGUCAACUUUAACACCCCCAAGAUCAUGGCGGCCCUUGGGCUCGUGGGCUCAUCGGCCGCCCACAUGAUCAUGAACACACCCACGCCGUACAACCUCCACAAGCUACAGACCAGCCCCCUCGGCCCCGCCACCGGCGGCCAAGUCGCCGUGCCUUUCCCGUGCCACGGCAACUUCAGCAUCACCGAGAUCACCAACGUGACCGCGGGCUCGACCCAGACGGUCAAGUUCACCGGGUCUGCGAUUCACGGGGGCGGCUCGUGCCAGUUCAGCGUCAACUACGGCGACCAGCCGAGCGACGACCCGUCGAAGUGGAAGGUCAUCUACUCCAUCAUCGGCGGCUGCCCGGCCGACGCGCAGGGCAACAUCGAGGGCUCGGCCCCCGACGACGAGGACGGGCGGCCCGACGGCCGGAAGUGCGGCAACUCGUUCGGCAAGGAGUGCGUCCGGCAGUUCGACAUCCCCAUCCCCAAGGGCCUGCCCAACGGCAGGUUCUCCUUCGGCUGGACCUGGUUCAACAAGAUCGGCAACCGCGAGAUGUACAUGAACUGCGCCCCGAUGGUCAUGACCGGCGGCUCCGACAGCAACGGCACCGCCUUCCUCGACUCCCUGCCGCCUAUCUUUGUCGCUAACGUCGCCGGCCUCGCACAGUGCACCACCAACGACGGCAUCCUCAACGUCCCCAACCCGGGCAGGGCCGGCGUGCUUCUCGCCCAGCCGGCCGCCGAUUCCGAGGGCACCUGCCCAAAGUCGGAUGGCCCUAACUUUGACAGGUCCAUCAGCGGUACCCUUGGCAGCCAGGGCAGCUCCGGCUCCGGCUCUGGUUCUGAUUCACCCUCUGGUCAGUCAUCCAGCUUGGACUCAUUCCCACCCACCACCUUCAGCUACCGCCCAAUGCCAAGCUCCUCCUCCACUCUCGAGCUCCCACAGACCGUUAUCCCAGUAACGCUGCACACGGCGACGACUUCCUCCUCGAGCUCGGCCGCUCCAGUCGCCACGGGCGGCAGCGGCAGCGGAAGCGGUGGCUCGUCCUCCUCGGGCGCCGGCGGCCCGGUGCCCUGCUCUGAGGAGGGCGCCCUGAUCUGCCUGGACCCGGGCUACUUCGGCAUCUGCGACCACGGCGCCGCCGUGAGGAUGGAGCUCGCCGUGGGCACGACCUGCCAGGACGGCAAGGUCGUGCGCCGAUCGGUGUGA